CUCCUCAAGGCCAUUUUGGAGAUGAACAAUUUUAACGAAACUACGGCAGCUAAACAGGUGGUGUUCCUGACCGACGGCAAGCCCAACUUGGGGGAAACCAAGUCGGAUUUGCUUCGCAGAAACGUUCGAGAAGCCAACAUUCACAACUACCCGAUCUUCUCACUCGCCUUUGGUGGAGAUGCUGAUAUGCGGUUGCUACGUCAAGUGAGUACAGACAACCGUGGAUUCACCCGUAAGAUCGACGCCCACGCCCAGCCCGCCGACCAACUCAAGAACUUCUACGACGAGAUUGCAACGCCGCUCAUCACAGACGUCGAUGUGAUGUACCUUGACGACGAAGUUGAGCCUAACACCGUCGUACGUCAAGGAACGUCGACUUACUACUCGGGUGAUGAAGUGGUGUUGGCAGGGCAACUGGCAGAGGGGGCCACGCAGGUGCGGCCCAUCAUCACCGGACAGGGGCGGUCCGGGCCGAUGCAGUUCCGAGUGUCUCGAGUCUCGCAGCCCGAAGAGGAACCUGAGAGAGAUAACUAUGUUGAGAGACUUUGGGCUUAUCUCACAGUACAGGACUUGCUAUCGAUGCAGGAGGUGGUAGAGGAUUCGAACCUCCGCGCGGAAAUGCGGGCAAGAGCUCUCGAUAUCGCAGUGAGGUUCCAGUUCCUGACCAAACUGACGUCCCUGGACAUCGUGCCGGACGCCGACGGACACCCUUCAGGCUAUAAGUCCGCGGCCCUCCACCGGAAGUCGAACUCGGUGACCAUCCGACUGCCCAACACGGACCAGGACCUCACCCUCCUGAGCGCCGAGGAGUUCGCCAAGACGCUGCCCGCGCCCCUCCACACGCGCGUCGACACUCAGAGCAGGAGGCGGUUCUCCUUCGGGGACAACGACCCCCACUUCGUCGUCCAAGUGCCCGGGGUCCACCUUCCCCUGUGCUUUGACCUGCACGGACGGAACAAGGACGUCUUCAGUCUUGUACGUGAUCACAGGUCAGGCAUCAUCGUCAACGGGGAAGUGACGUCAUCGGCUGACCACCCGGAAUUAACGUAUUUUACGAAAAUUUUCAUGAGUUUCGGCGAGGUCAACUUUACCGUCACGCCAGAUAGCAUUGUCGUCGACUGCCUUGAUGAUGCGGGAAAUCCAAAGGUGAACACGGCGUCCAGCUCUCUCUGGCCCUUCAAGCGAAGGCCCCGCAAGCGCCGGGUGCCGCGUCUGAAGAGCCUGCGGCGCCGAAGGAAGGUCCGCCGACAGCUCUCGAAGCGCAUCCCGGGAGGCAGGCGAAGGCACGCGGCGAAGAGCGAAUCCAAGGGGCGCAGAAAGCGGAGAAAGAGGCGCCUGUCUCGCCGAAAACGUCCCUCUGACAAGACACUUCGAACGUCGGCGAGUACCUCCCCCUCGAGGGUCGGGAGCCAUCGUUCUCGAAGAAAACGGGAUUUGCUUCACCCACACAAAGGGAGAUAUCCGUUUUACACGAGUGCAGAGAGGGAAGGUGGGCACCCACACGCUCACAGGUAUCCCCCUCGCUCGCACAGGAAACUGACGAAACACAGCUAUUCUUCUACUGGCAGUAAGAGCUACACUCAAACGCACCAAAAGCACAAUUCUGAGACACCUUCCCUGUAUAUUUCUGAAACUUCAUCUUCUAGUUCUGAAACUACGUCUUCCAAUUCUAAAACCUCAUAUCUCAGUUCUGAAAUUCCAUCUUCCAAUUCUGAAACCCCAUUUUCCAGUUCUGAAACCCCGCCUUCCACUUCCGAAACCUUAUCAGCCCCAGAAACAGUAAACCAUACCAGCACACACAGCACUAUUCCCAGCUUCGCGGAUUCAGACUCCCCAACCAUAAGUCUAAUUAACAUUCCAAGAACCGAUUUACUUAACUAUUCAGAUACCAGCCCACCUAGACCUCAACACGCUAAAAAUGAGGUCAGCAGAGAGGAAGGCGAAGAUGAAAUUACUGGUGGAAAUGAAGUCACUGGCGAAGAUGAAGUUAGCAGUGAAGAUACCUUUGGUUCUCAGGAGAAGGGACUGCGAAGCAAGUGCAGCGAUUCCUUUGGCUGGAGCAAAGCAUCUGGUGGGAGGUACGGCCAAGUGGUGGUAGGCCUACGGAACCACAGGAAACUGGAGAUUCUAAUGGGCGACGUGGCAGCCCAUUUCGUCGUCACUCUCUCCAAGAACAAGCAUGGGCAGCAGUUCCUCGGGUUUUAUGUUGAAGAGCAGACGAUUCUGUCUCCUAAUACCACGGGGGUGAUCGGUCAGUUUGCUUUCAAAACCGUGGGAACUCUUGACAGGAACGCGACGUCACAAAACACCACCAGGGUGAAGCUCGCCGUGAUCCAGCCGGCGACCCACAAGAAGUACAGGGUGUCUCAGAUUAACGCCUUUGUCUCCAGCCGUCGGUCGCUCCUCCAUAAGACGCAUGUCACUUGCCUCUUCAUCAGGAACCAGGGUCGCGGGCUGCUGGCGGGAGAACCUGAGGACUAUUUGAGGCCUUGUCUUACCUGCUGAUGGUUUUGGGGCGAGGUGGUGGAGGCGAAAGGUGGAGGAAGAAGAAAGAAAAGGAGAGUGGUGGAGAAAUGAGGAGGUGGAGGAGACGAAUGAGGAGGAGAAGGAAUGGGAGACGAAGAAGAGGAGUAUGAGGAAGACGAAGGAGAGAGGAAGAGAAGGAGAUAAAGAGGGAGGAGCAGGAGGAGGAGAAAAGAGGAAGAAGGAGGACACAAAAAGGAGAAAAUGAAGAGAAAGGAGAAGAAGAAGAAUAACGAGAAGAGGAAAAGGAAAAUAAAAAUAAAAUGAAGAGGAAGCAGAAGGAUAAGAAAAAAGAAGGCAAAGAAGAACAAGAAAAUGAACGAGGAGGAAGAAUCGAAGAAGAGGAAGACGGAUAACGAAGAGGAAGAGGACAACAAUAACAAGGCGUAGAAGAAAGAGGAGAAGAGGAAAGGAUCAGGAAGAGGAGGAAGAUACAGCGCCCGGCAUUUUUUUUUUAAGAGGCUGAAUAAGACAUUUAACCUAAGAGCCGUGCGUGUGUAUUUCCCCCUACGUGUAAAAAAAUAUAAUAAUUUCGGUUAGUACUGGUUAAGUUUAGAAAAAAAAUGUAGAUAGUCCUAAAAUCGAAUUGCUCAAGCGUUAAAGGGAAAGCAAUAGAUAACUUAUGGUAUGAUUUUUACUCGUUGGCAUAAUAAAGUAUUUAUAAUA